GCGGAGCCGCGUCCCGCACGCCCAACCCGCCCCGACGGCUGCGGCGCCGGCCCCGCCGCCGAGCCCGAGCCUGAGCCCUUCCCCGGGCGGCAGGAUCGGGCCGCCCCGUCCCGCCCUGCUGCCACGCGGGGGCCGCCGCCGCUUCCAAACUUUCGACGGGCCGCUGCCCCAUCGACAGGGAGGAGAGAGCCGCCCCGGGACAGGUCUGUUGCUUAGACCAGUCUGCUGCAAGGAUGGGGCCCCUGGAAGCAAUAGGUGAAGAAAACCAGACGAAUGAAAUGAAAAUGGAGCUGUUCACCAAGCUGUACUUGCCGAGAUACACCACACCACUCAAUGAAUUGGCUCUGGACCCUAAACCAGAGCUGAAGGACAGCACAACACUAGUUGAAGUGCAGAUAAUCCUCAUCUUUGCUUACUGUUCCAUCAUCCUUCUGGGGGUAAUUGGAAACUCCCUCGUGAUCCAUGUGAUCAUCAAGUUCAAAAGCAUGCGCACGGUUACUAACUUCUUCAUUGCCAACCUGGCUGUGGCUGACCUGCUGGUGAAUACAUUGUGCCUGCCCUUUACUUUGGUUUACACGCUGUUGGGUGAAUGGAAACUGGGCCCAGUCUUGUGCCACCUCGUGCCAUAUGCUCAGGCUCUUGCUGUGCAUGUGUCUACUGUUACUUUGACUGUGAUAGCUUUGGAUCGGCACCGCUGCAUCGUCUAUCACUUGGAAAGCAAAAUCUCUAAGCGGAUCAGCUUCCUAAUUAUAGGAGUUGCCUGGGCAGUCAGUGCCCUGUUGGCAAGUCCCCUGGCCAUCUUCCGUGAGUACUCAUUGAUUGAGAUCAUUCCUGACUUCAAGAUUGUAGUCUGCUCUGAGAAGUGGCCAGGAGAGGGGCAGCUCAACUACGGCACCAUCUACAGCAUCUCCAUGCUCCUGAUCCAGUACGUGCUGCCGCUGGCAGUCAUCUCCUAUGCCUACACCCGUAUUUGGACCAAGCUGAGGAACCAUGUGAGUCCUGGGGCAGCGAAUGACCACUACCACCAGCGACGGCAGAAAACCACCAAGAUGCUGGUGUGCGUGGUUGUGGUGUUUGCUGUCUGCUGGCUGCCGUUUCACACCUUCCAGCUAGUCAGUGACAUUGACAGUCAGGUGUUAGACCUGAAAGAAUACAAACUGAUCUACACAGUGUUUCACGUGAUUGCCAUGUGCUCGACAUUUGCUAAUCCCCUUCUCUAUGGCUGGAUGAAUAACAACUACAGGACGGCCUUCCUCACGGCCUUCCAGUGCGAGCAGCGGCUGGACUCCAUCCACCCAGAAGUAUCGGCAGCUUUCAAAGCCAGAAAGAAACUAGAAGCAAAGAGGAUUCAAUUCCCUGGAGACUCUUUCACACAACCUACCAAUGUCUAAGGUGUCUGACUUUAAAGAAGAAAUGAAUAUGUUGUGGACAAAGGGAUGAAUCCAUUUUGACACAUGCAUUUUAAUGCAUACUUUUAUUCAUAAAUGGUGAAAAAGUAGCAGGAAAGUAAAGGCAGGUGAUAUGAUUUGAGGGGUGUCAAUCAGCAUGAAGAGUUUGGAACUAUGCAAUUACAAGGAAAUAAAAGGAAGAGACUUUGUUUAUGGUUGCCUCUAACAGUCUUAGAGAGACUCCCAUGCCUCCCAAUCCUUUUAGCAAGUCUGAAUGACAAAGGCAAGGUUUGCUGGUUUGACUCUAUGAAGGCAAAUUGCUGAUUUAUAACACAGGAAUACUGAUUGUGGAAGCAGGUAAUUUUUAUAUUGGAUAUGGAGGCUGGGGAGAACAGAAGCCUGCCAAGAGAAUGAAGCCUGUCUGGGGGCAUUGGUCCAUGCUGGCUAAAGCUCAGACUUUUCAGACCCCUUCCCGUCCGCAGGCAUCUUUUGCAAAGGUAGGGAAUUAUGAGGAGAAAUGUCACUGUUUUUUGACUUGUACUGAAGUAAUUCAAACCAGAGCAUUUGAAAUAGAUUACAGACAAAGAGAGAAAAGAGUUAAAAAACCCACAAAACCAAGCAAACACCCAAACAACAGAUUAAAUGUGAAGAAAGGUCAAGUUCCUACCUAAAAUGAAAUGUGGUUUUUGGCCAAUCAAAUGGGGGUAAAAAGUCAUUCCUUAAGAACUGGCUGUAGCUAUGCUGCUGAGAAAAUCACAAGUCUGUGACCUGAUCAGUGAUUCCCUGCAGAUCCCUAUCUUUCAUUCUGUGCUAGGCACAGCUCAAAUGGAACGCUUUAAAGUGGUAUUUGGGGGCAGAGGAUGUAGUCUCAGGUCUUCUGUGAGCACUUCAUAAACUGCCAAUAUUUUCAUUUUCAAGACCUGCUUAAAUGUCUAUGGUGUUAUUAACUCCACAGGCUUUGAAUUGUUGCUGCUUUCUCCCUGCAUAAUAAAAUAGCAGAUAAUUUUGAUCCUCUGGAAAGGCUGCUUGAUGGUAAAGUGCUUUUCGGUAUUGUGAUUUUAUGUCAUACACUCGUCUUGGGGCUUUUUCCAUCUUUAGCCUUUGUAUAAUUAAGAACAUCUGAAUGACUGUAAUCAAAUAAAAGUAUGCUAGGUUUAUGUGAUAACUUAUCAGUUAUUCUGCAUGCUGUAGUUAAUAGAGUUCCUUUUUUGCUCAGGUAUAAAAUUUUAAUCUGUUUACUGUAUUGUACACAGCAAUGUUCAACUCUUCUGUGUCUUUGCUUAGCCUCCUUGAACCCAUUAAUUUCAACCCAUGUUUAUCCCAAGUUGCCCCAUGGCUUAUCUAUAAUAAAAAUAAGCGUGAUACUUUCA